CAACUUUUGGAGCCAGAUGAGUUUAGGUCCCAGUCUAAAGUUGGACUCUCCGCUUAUUAACAUGAUCUCCGUGUCAUGCAUGUUCGCGCUCGGCUUGUUGUCGUCUGCUGCGCCGGGUAGUGGUCUUCCAGAGGCGGGGAGCUUGUCAGAGCUGAGGAGGCUGCAGAGGGAUUUUGGCAGGGAUGUGGAGCCACAUAGUUCAGAGAAGUCCGAGCGGUUUGAACGCAGCGCAGGACUGAAUGAACAGACAUGUAGAGCAGCUCUGCCUGGAGCAGAGUCAAACCUGCGGAACAACACCCACACUUUCACCUUUACACUAAGUACUGUGAGUCCACUGUGGCUGGCCUGGGUGGGAGAAGGAUCAGGGGUGCUGCUGGUGCUCACGACAUUUCAGGUGCCGUUGUUCAUGAUGCUCUUCGGUCAGUCUAAUCUCUACAGGAGUGAAGACUAUGGGAAGACCUUCAAAGAUGUUACUCACCUGAUCAACCACACCUUCAUCCACACUGAGUUUGGAAUCGCCAGUAGUCCCGACGACUCUGGGAAGGUGAUCCUGGUCGGUGAAGUGUCAGAAAUUGGGGGGUUCCGACUGUUCCGCUCACAGGACUUUGGCCUCACCUUUGUCCCAAACGACAUGCCGUUCGAGCCCCUCUAUCAGAUGCAGUUCAACCCCAGAGACUCUAACAUACUGCUGUCACUCAGCAUCACGUUGGACCUGUGGCUGUCUGAGGACUUUGGCGGCACUUGGAGGAAGAUCCAUGACAGUGUGUGUAUGGUCAGAUGGGAUUUGAACAACAGCAUCUACUUCACAGCAAACUAUAACGGAUCAUGCAACGAUAAAGGAAUGCUAGAGUUGAGGAAGACGACAGACUAUGGCCAAACAUUCCAGACCAUUGCAACAAGAGUUUACUCCUUUGUACUUGGAGGGAAAUUUAUUAUUGCUUCCAUCAUGUCUGGCAAGGGCACAGAGCGUAUGAUCCACGUGUCAGUGGACGGAGGGGAGGUGUGGAACAUGGCUCAGAUUCCCAUGAUCAACCAUGAGCAGUUUUACUCCGUCCUAGAAGCCAAUCAGGACAUGAUCUUCAUUCAUGUGGACGACCCUGGAGACUCUGGUUUUGGAACCAUCUAUGUGUCGGACGACAGAGGGACUGUGUUCUCAAAGUCUUUGGAGCGAAAUGUCUACACAACCACGGGAAGUGACACGGACUUCACCGCCAUUAAGUCGCUCAGGGGCGUCUACAUGACCACAAUACUCACAGAGGAGGGUACAAUGGAGACAGUAAUCACCUUUGACCAAGGAGCAAGGUGGCAGGCUCUGCGUGCACCAAAGAACAGCCACUGUGACACGGACACUUCUACCAACAGGCCACACAAAUGCAGACUUCACAUCCAUGCCUCCUACAGCACCACCCUGAAGAUGAACAUCCCUGACCUGCCUCACUCACAGCCCAACGCUGUGGGCCUUAUUCUGGCUCAUGGCAGUGUCGGAGACGCAGAGUCAGCUCUGUCCCCGAAUGUGUACGCGUCUGAUGAUGGUGGCUACUCCUGGCUGUUGGCCCUUAAAGGCCCUCAUCACUAUGAAAUUCUAGAUUCUGGGGGUCUGCUAUUGGCCGUGGAGCACACCAACUCCCCUGUUAACCAGAUAAAGUUUUCAACAGACGAAGGGCAGUGCUGGCACACGUACAACUUCACCAACGACCCAAUCUACUUCGGCGCAAUGGUCAGUGAGCCCGGCUCUCGCGCCAUGAACGUCAGCCUGUGGGGCUACAGGAACCGAAAGAAAGUUGUGAUCACCAUAGACUUCAGAAACCUCUUCAGCAGAGACUGCACUGAAGGAGACUAUGUGGAGUGGCUGGCUCACUCCGUAGACCCAAGUGGAUCGGAUGACGGCUGCGUGCUGGGCUAUAAAGAAAGCUUCCUGCGCCUGAGGAAAGACUCUGUCUGUUGGAAUGGGAGAGACUAUGCCGUCACGAAGAAGCUGUGGCCGUGUCCAUGUACAGUGGAUGAUUAUCACUGUGACUUUGGAUAUUACCGACCAGAAAACAGCUCGGAGUGUGUGGAGCAGGAGGAGAUGGUGGGCCGGCCUCUGGAGUUCUGUUUGAACGGGACCACAGAACAGCUGCAGACCAGUGGGUAUCGGAAGGUUCCAGGUGAUCAGUGUGAGGGAGGUUUUCAGCCAGACAGGAAAGAGACUGACCUGAGGAGGAUGUGCACCAGCAACCUGCUUCAUCCAUAUUCUCUGACGGAGACCAGUUCACCCAACGCUGCAGUCAUCGUGAUGGUGGUCAUAGUGGUGCUCAUGAUGAGUGCAGUCACGGGUGUUUGGCUGGUGAAGAAACACGUCUGCGGAGGACGGUUCCUCGUGCACCGGUACUCGGUAAUGAGGGAACACGUGGAAGCUGACAAGAUAGAAGGAGUUGAUGAUGUUGACACUCAAUACAUGGAGACAGGGAAAGCACAAUACAAUGAAGAUUCAGAUCAGGACCUCUUAGAAUAAGGCUCCCAAGACUUAAUUUAACGCAGCCUUACACGAUGCCUGGGCGUUGCUGUUGCUCUGAUUAACAUCUGCUUCUCACUUCUCUCGACCCCCCCCACCACCACCACCGUCACCACCACCACCGUCACCACCACCACCACCCUGGUGGCUGGAGGACUCUGCAGUAGUUUGGCAACAUCUCACAUUGCUUCGUUGUUCAAGUUGAGGCUCCCACAAAAAAAAGAGGAAAAAGAAAGCGAUAGUUCUGGGAGGGGGGGAGAAACUCAGCGCAGAACAGAAGCUUCUGGUUCCCUGAAGAGCCUUUGUUGUCGCUGUCACAAAGGGUUGUGUAAAGGCUGUUGAGUCUGAAUAUGUGCUCUGUGUGUUUCCUUUCAUACUGAACCGAGAAGCGACGGCCUCUCAUUCCAUGAUGCACUGCAUGAGUGUAAUACAGAGGCUAGUGUGGGCUUAUAGACAACAUUUUAUCAUGAAGAGUAAGAAAGGGAACACAAAUAUGACACAUUUUGUCGGUGUUUUUUUUUUGCUUUUUACUCCAUAAAUGUAAUUUUGUAAGAUAUACAGCCUUGUUGUGCAUGGCAGGUUUGUUUUAACAGUUUUCUUUUUCUCAGUUUCACUCAUGAACUCACUAUUAUCGAGUUAUGUUUCAGGAACUACUUUUUUAGAAAUUGAUAUAGAAACUGUCAUCAUAUAUUGUACACUGUUUCUUCAAGUUUUUACAGGUGAGCGGAUUUUUAUUAGAAUCCCCAAAAUGCGAUACAAUCAAAACACUAAAACCAAUUAGAACAGUAAUAAAUAAUAUUUUUUUACUUUAACUAUUUGAUUAGGUUACUAAGAAUUACAUAUUUUAAUAAUGCAAUUAGGGGUUAUCAGUUGUUUAUUGUUUUAUUGUUGAAAUUAACAAAUUAAGAGAAAAUAAGUGAGAAAAAACAACAUGAGCUUAACAUUAUAACACAAUAUUCCAUCAUGAUAUUGCAAUAAUGAUAUUUCACAGAAUUUCAAAGUAAAAGUGGUUGUUUGGAUAUAGAGUGUUGUAUAUUUUACAUAUUUUAUCAGAGAGACCGACAUUGACCAAGAUCCCACAGACAAACACUAGGUCAGAUGCAGAGUGUGCUGAAAAUCAAUCAAAAAAAUGGAUGCCAUGGGUCCUGGAAAGUCAUUGAAAAGUCCUUGAAUUUGAUGUCAACCAAGGUGUGGGAACCCUGAAACCUUUCAAAACACUCAAACCAAUGAGAGACAAUAAAUAAAUGGUUCAUUUUCACUUCAACUAUUUAAAUAGGUAUUUAGAAUAGCAUUUAAAUUGUUUUAUUGCGGUUUAUCAUUUUAAUUGUUGGAGUAGGUAUUUUAAACAGUCAUUUGUUACUAGUUAUUACUCUGGGUUUCAUGGCGAGUGAAAGUCAUGGCAUAAAUGUUAAAAGAGCCUGAAUUUGUUUUUCUUUUUAUAGACGUGUAACUUGUUUUUAUAUGCAGUUUAGCUCAACACAGCCAAUAUCUUCUGCUCCCCGGUAUGUUGUGUGAAAAUGAAUGACUUGAAUUUCUGCCAAAGCACUUUUAUUGUUAACUGUUUGAGAUGAAGUGAAACCUAACCUUAUUUUAUAUUAUAUAAUGUCUGACGUUAACACGAAUGCUCGCCACUUGAACUGUCUGAUCUCUUUGCUUUAGUAGGGGCAUCCAAUAAUGCCACUGUUUUAUUUGGUGUGAUUGUGCACAUUAUUAUUGAGUGCAGGCAUUGUUAUUAUGGAAAUAGCAUUGCUGGUCUGUCUUCAAUUUAUAAUAUGACAUAAGAAAAACAGUAAAAUACCAGUCAGUUAAAUAUAUAUUAACACUAAUAUUUUCCAGUGUUUAUUGUAUUUUUUUUGUUAUUAUGGCGCAUUUAAAAUAAGCCGUUUUACAGACGUUACAAAAUGUCAGUUAAGUGUGUUUGGUUUAGAUGAAUUGUUGACAGUUGUACUUUUAUUUUCUGACACAUUGCAGGGCUUAUGGCUGAUGCUUAACAAUAAAUAUCCCAGUGAAUAAGCUAUUAUAAACCUAAUAUAGAGAUAGAUAUUGUGAAGGAUGAAAGAAAGUUCAUAUGCUUGAUGCUUCUUUACAUUCCUAACUAUUUACUGGAGUCCCUGAUUUAUUUUGCACUGUAUCUACAGAUCUGUGAAAAAGUUGCAUCUGCUCCUCCUCAUACAUCUCGUUGUUUUGUCCUAUUUUUCAUUCCAUCCUUUUUUUUAUCUUCACUGUUUGCCAGAAUAGCAGAGAUGAAUGUCUCUGAAUCAAACUAUUCUGAAUGAAGAACUAAUACUGUGUUUGCAUUUAUUGAAUGAAAUUACUUUUUACAACA